GGGUAAAAACAGCCCGUAUGAUAGUAGCGGAUUCAAAGUCGGGAUCCAUAACUGGAUCCGGAUCUCAAAGGCUGAGUGAAGCUUCUAUCAAGAGCAGAAAACACUUGCAUCGACCGAAAAGAGAACCUCACUCGCUGGAUGUAUUCACCACAGCUUCCGUUGGCGCGUACGCGCGUGGCUUCGCCAUGGGAGACAGAGAAGCCGCAGCCAGAGCCAGGAGGCCUUGAAGCUUCUCUCCUCCAACUUCUGCACGAUCACCACCACAAGUCUCUCCGUCUCCGCGAACUUACCGAGAAAGCGAAGAAAGAUGCAAUUAAGAAGGCCGUGAGGGUAUCAGAUCUAUUGAUGGACGCAGUGAAUGGGGGAGUUCAAGAAUCUUUCAUCAACGAGAAACGAAUUGAACUCGAGAUUCGAGCUUUAGCUGCAACGAUUUCCAGAUUCAUGAGACAAACUGAUCAGUGGCUUACUGCCACUCAUGCCAUUAACACUGCAAUUAAGGAAAUUGGAGACUUUGAGAACUGGAUGAAGACCAUGGAAUUUGAUUGUAAAAGCAUAAAUGCAGCAAUUCGCAACAUUCAUCAAUAAUGCAAAUAUGCAAAGAUUAACUUUCCGGCAGUUGGUGCGAAUCUGUCCAUCAGUUCCUGUAAGCGGGCUGAGUUUCCCCAUCUUGAGCAUGGCAUUAGCAAAAUCUGUGUAGAAAGUAACAGGAUUGGUGCUGUAGGUUUUUACCUGCGAAUCGGUGGAGCCACCGCUAAAAAGCUGCUGAUCUGAGUGCAGAAGGCCUUUGUUGUUAACCAAAUUGGUGAAAUAGGCAUUAUCAAAUAUCACAGGGCUAGUGGCAUCUAGUGGAGAGAGAUUGGUGUCGUUGCCUGUGCUUGGACAGCUUGAUUUUAAUGAUGUUGCCAGUGUUGAAUCUAUAUUGGUCUCAUUGUAGACUCGGCUUCGAAACAUCAAGCAUCUGGCUUGGCCUGUUGUGUGAGCUCCUGUUAAUCAUGAAAAUGAUAGAAAUUAGUUUGAAGAAACCAAAAUCUGAAGUGACAA